CAGUCAGUCUACGCUCGGACUACGAUCAGACGAGGCGACUCCACUCGCGUACGUCGCGAUUCGGGAUGACAGACAAGGUCGUCACCGCCGUAAUCCGAGUCGAGUGAUCUCGCGUGCUUUAGUAAACCAUUAAUAAUAGGACGGUUUAGCUUAGAUUUAAAACCAAAUGUAAACAAACGGAAAGAAUUUCUCAGUGAACUUCUGGGACCGAUCCCAGUAAGCCGGUGAAUAGUUCCUCUGACACUUCUUCUUCGAUAGUGUUUUUUUUUCCUUCUAGCGAUAAGGAACGUUCGUGAAGUGUGUCUGUUCAAUCACAGCACGCUGCGAGUCGAGUGUCAGAUUUUUUUGAUAGAACUUAAUUGACCUUGGAUCUUUAGAGGAACAUACCUGCGGGCUUCUCAAUGAAUUGUAUCCGGUUGCUUGGAUUGAAAUUUUUGGCAGGGCACACUAUAAUCACCAUCGUCGUCAGUUAAAGCUAGUAGUACGCAGUGUGGUGUUGCUCUCGAAACGGGUCCAAGUGCCUGGAUUAAGUACAGGCGCCUACUAGUCGGUGUCGUUUGAAUCCAGUCAGCCGUGGAAAAGUGGGGCAAAGGAUGUGGAAGCUGUCCUAGUUAGUAGGCGGCAUUGGAUGUUGUGCUUCCUGUCCUGUUGGAGAAACGUAGAAAAAAGGGACAAACUGUUACGGAAUUUCACUCGCAAUAAAAUCUCACACUUGUGCCAUAUCCAUCAUCAGAAAAGUGUUUCUUCCACCAAGUGCCAACAACCAACAGUUAGGAAAAGUGAGGACAUGAGUAAUAAUUGCACGGCAAACACAGUCAGAGUCAGUAAGUCGACAACAACACAAUAGGAAGAUUCUACUCUGAAGUGCCAACGAAACCAAAAAAAAAAAAAUGUGUAAAACUUGUGAGGAGCUGCAUAAAAACUGCGGUGGGACGUACAACCGCUUCCAGGAUGGAGAACGGGUGGUCGAUUUUGUGCUGGCCUUCAACGGCCAAAACCCAUCAACGGAAGCGGAAAAGAAGCGGGCCAUAUUCGAGCGGAAUCUGGUCCAGGAGGGGCUGGAGAUCGAACUGGAAAGCUCCCAACGGAUACACUUCACCAAGGUGCACGUCCCCAAAGAGGUGGUCUCGCGUUACUGCGAGAUCAUGAAGAUGCAGAUGCCGGUGGUGCGGCUCAAUGGCCAGGAAAACAUCAAAGGAUACGAUUUCAGCUUCGGUAGCACGCUGGCCCGGAUUUUCCGGAGGCCGCUGUUCAGUUUUGUGAUAAUCAAUCGGGACAAGUUCCGAAAAAAGGAAUACCGAUUGCAGCAUGAGUACACCAGAGAUAAGGCGUACAUGUUCGACGAUGGACGGGAUGAUUUCUUCACCCCGAGCAUCCGGAUAGCGGUGGCCAAGUUCAUAAUGGAUAGAACCUUUUUCGGGUUGACGGAGGAGGACAAGUUUGACAUUGGGCUGGGGAAGUUGAUGAGUGACGGGGUUUAUUUGGAUGCUUAUCCGUUGCAUGACGGAAAUACAGAUAAGGACCAGCCGGAUGUGGAGUGUGAUCGGAAACUACUGCUCGACGAAUGGGCUUCCGUGAUCCGAUGGAUCAAACAUCAGCCGCUCGAUCAAAUCAAGGAGUACUUUGGGGUGAAGAUUGCCAUGUACUUCGCUUGGUUGGGCUUCUAUACGCACAUGUUGAUCUGGGCGACAAUCGUGGGGUUGUUGUGCUUCUUCUACGGGCUGCUCACGUUCCGGGACAAUCAGAUCAGUCAGGAAAUUUGCGCCGACAAUAGCACCAUUAUGUGUCCGCAGUGCGAUCGGAUCUGCGACUACUGGUAUCUGAACUCGAUCUGCAAAACCUCCCAGAUAGCGCACAUCUUCGACAACAACUUUACGAUAGCGUUCGCAGUGUUUAUGUCCAUCUGGGCCACCCUGUACCUGGAAAUGUGGAAACGCUACUCGGCAGGCCUUCAGCACCGAUGGGGCGUCACCGAGUACUGCUCCUUAGCGGAACCCCCUCGGCCACAGUACCUGGCCCGGGUCAAGGACAGCAAACAGACCAAGUUCAACAUCGUAACGGGGUCGCAGGAACCAGCCCCACCAUUCUGGUCCAAAAAGUUCCCCAGCUUCAUGUACAGCUACGCCGUGAUAUCGCUGAUGAUUGGUCUGGCGAUCGCGGCCGUGUUCGGGAUCGUCAUCUAUCGCAUGUCCCAGAUGACCUCACGGAACCUGUACGGCAACUCGGAUGCGGUUUCCUCCAAACUGCUACUGAUGCCAGCGACCGCAGCCGUCAUCAAUCUGUUCGUUUCGACGUUGCUGAACUACGCGUACGACUACGUGGCGGUGUACAUGACCGAUCGCGAAUAUCGCCGGACGCAGAGCGAGUACAACGAAAGUCUCAACCUCAAGAUCUACCUCUUCCAGUUCAUCAACUACUAUAGUUCGAUUUUCUACAUCGCCUUCAUCAAGGGCAAGUGGCCCGGCUACCCGGCCAAGUUCAAUCGGAUAUUGACCCUGCGACAGGAAGAGUGCAGUCCAGGUGGCUGCCUGAUGGAGCUGUGUAUCCAGCUAGCGAUCAUCAUGGUCGGCAAGCAGUUGAUUUCAUUGGUUCUGGAAAUCAUGGUUCCGUUUUUGUUGAAAAAGUUUAGGGAAUUCCGUAGUGUGCUCGGAAUGGCACCGGAUGACUCGGACGAAAAUGCCGGCGAGCGGUUGAUCUGCUGCAAUCAAUGGACCAAGGACUUCAACCUAAUCAGUUGGAGCGAUCGCAGUCUGUUUGAGGAGUACUUGAAGAUGAUUAUUCAGUAUGGAUUUAUAACGAUUUUCGUGGUGGCAUUUCCGUUGGGGCCGCUGUUUGCUCUGCUCAAUAACGUGUUCGAGACGCGGUUGGAUGCGAAAAAGUUCCUGCUCUUCUAUAAACGGGCCGUUCCGCAAAGGGCGCGAAACAUCGGCAUGUGGUACAACGUGAUGCAUGCCCUGGGGAAGGUUGCGGUGCUAUCGAGUGCAUUUAUCAUCGCAUUUUCGUCCAACUUCAUCCCCCGGUUGAUGUACAUCUACGUCGUCAAUCCGGAACAUACGGACAGAGGAUUCGUUAACCACACAUUGGCCUACUUCAAUGUCAGUGAUUUCGAGAAAGGCGUGGCCCCAAGGGAGAGUAAGUUCGAAAAUGUCACCGAGUGUCGGUAUCAGGAAUACCGGAAUCCGUACUGGCAUGAUCGACCCUACAAAAGGCCGCUCAUCUAUUGGCACAUAUUCGCCAUACGGUUGGCGUUUGUAGUCAUCUACCAAAAUGUCGUUAGCUUUGUGCAGAUUGUAGUGGCGUGGGCUAUCCCGGAUACCCCGGGAGCGCUGCGGGAUCAAAUCAAACGGGAACAGUAUCUGAUGAACGAGUUCGUUAUUCAGCAGGAGAAGCAGCGGACGCACGAGCGGAAGUUGGCCUGCGGAGUCGUCGGAAGGUUCCAGCGAAACGGUGGCGUCCCCUCGAGACCUUCCAAGGGCAGCCUGGACGAUUACAGUUCUGUCGUGCUGAUAGAUGAAAGGGACGAAGGUGGAGGCGAGUACGAGAUGCGUCAUAGACCCGGAGUCGGCAGUAAUGGUGGCGUCAAUAUGAGACCGCAAUCCGCGCCGGAUGACAUCGAGCGCUUCCAGGAGGUGGAACUUUCUAGCACUAGGAUAUAAAGAAAUUUAAACUUCUUCAUCCCUCGGAUGAGCGAUUAGAUUAUAGGUCAGAAAACCGUACUGAUAUAUGCCUUCAUCUAGAGUGAAGGGUUAAAAACACAUUGGGCCGCAUUCUGUGCCGCGCAUGAGGUUGCGAUAGUCGAGUCACUCGAUUCCAGGAGUCGCUUUAGGUGUGGAACCUCACUUCGGAUGAACUUUUGGAAUGAACAUCUAUCACUUCACUUAUAUCGACUAUCAGAAUUAGGUGACUAGAGUCCCGUGACGGUAACGUGACUCAACUGUUGCCCCUCACGCGCGGCGCAGAAUAAUGGUCAUUAUUAAUCGUGUACUAGCAGGUACAGCAUCCUGCUAAAAAAAUCUAAGCCUAACUGUAGCUUACGAAGCUUUAAACUUUCAAGUAAAAACAAACAUCAUAUGAUAGAAAUUAGACAAGACAAAUUGAAACAACGAACAAAGUUUUACAGUUAGAAUUGAUCUUUGAAGCCUACCGUAGUAUUGACUUAAACUUAAACCAAAAAAACGAAAGAACCAAUCUAAAUAAGAAAUCAAAACAAAAAAAUAUGCCAACUUCGCGCAAACGAUUUUUAUAGUCUAUCUCGAAUUGGAGAAAAACCUACCUACGCCCUAGAACUGUUUUAAGAGAAAAUCAUUCGUUAGGAAAGAUAUUGCAUUGGUUAAAGUUUUAUCAUCAUUAUCUUUAAGACAGAAUAAAUUGAACUUUUACACCUUGGACAGGGGAACAAAGAUAAAUUGUUUUCUUCGUUAUAUUUUAACAAUAGAAUUGUUUAUUCUUUAUAUAUAUUUUAUACACGUAUGAAAUUUCUAUACUGACACAUACACACAAACAUUCACAUACAUCUACGAAGAACAAAGGCAUGCAGACAGAGACACACACACUUUAUUUAUAUACUGUCCCCUACUGUUUCUGAUCAGCACUGAAGAGUCCCCAUGUUAGGAUAAAAUUCGAAUAAAAAGAACUUUACAAUCUCGA